ACUGGCCAGAAUGUCUGCACUAAAAUAUUUAUCUUUAAACACCCUUUCUGUACAAUGUCUGGCUAUGAAAUACUGACUUCUGACGUACUGUACACAGAAAGCCUGCUGUCGCUGUGAGAGGUGCCUCGGUGUUAUUCAGAUGAUCUGCAGGAGCAGAAAUACAGGGUUGUGUUCUUUAAUCCAGAAUAAUUAAUUCUUAUGACAUCAUCCAGAUCAGAUAUAAUGAGGACGAGUCAAACUCGAACGCCUCUGAACACUCGUUACUCUGUAAUCAGCAGUUGUGACUGUUUAUCUCAUCAUUUUGACUUUUGAAUUGGUAUUCUGUUUCCAACUUUGUCAUAAUUACUCAAGACAUAAGUCUAAAUAAAAUAACAAUAGCUUUUGUUUAAGCACAAUUAUAACUUGGUAUAUCAUAACUUUGACUUUGUGUCAUAGUUAUGAUUCAUCAAAGCAUGUUUUCUCUUGUGUGGUGUAAAUGUACUUCUUCAAAGUUUCAUAUGACUUCAGCAGACUUAUCGCAGUGCUCAUAUUUAUAUGUUGUGUCCUUUAUUAAGUUCGUCAGCCAUUGCUGUACUUGUAUGGAAAUUGUUAAUGUUUCACGAGAGUCUAAUAUAAAACCCUGGACUGUGCUCAUAGUUAUUAAUGUAGUGUCUCGAUAGAGUAGUGUACAGUAAACAUUCAUCUCAGUGUGAGUCACUGUUUCCAGCGCGUGGAGAAUCUCCUGUGCAGCGCUGACCGCAUCCACAGUGAUGCUCUUCUGCGAUCGCCGAGCAACAGCGUCAGCACGGAUCUCCUCUUCCUCUCCUGCGGUGACAUCGCCCUCUUGAGUCCGGCCCGGGACACGACGGAUGUGACGUCACUGGACGUCCUGGAGGAGGGUCCGCCCAUUCACAGCCACGUUUGAGGAACAGCGAUCACAGGUAAGACUGAAGAAGCCUGCACACGGUGAGAGCGGGAUCUGGACUCAUGAGCUCGAGAGAUGUCUACCGGAAAAACUGCCUUUCUUUCCUUCUUUCUUUGGCUCCGCCCAUCCUGACACGUGAUUGGACGCCCGCGGUGUGAUUGACAGCUCGAGCAGGACACCUGACGCUCGGUGGCUGCGGCCCAUGCGCGAGGGGGACGCGGGGAUGGGCGGCUCCGCGGCGCGCUCCGGUGUGUGGAGCAUCUGCAGGCGCCGGUCCCAGCGCAGGAUGACGCUUUAGGAAGCGCCUUUUCGCUGCACGCCAUUUCAUUUUCUCUCCAGUGCGGCCGCCGCGCUCGAGAUGGACGCGUCUGACGCGAGGGGGAGCGCGCCGGUGCCGGACAUCUGCCCGCUGGACCGGUACGACCCCACCCGAGCCAAGGCCCGCGCCAGCGUGAGCUGGCUACUGAGCCGGAGCCGCGGACCUGAAGAGAGUGUUUCUGCGGCUCUGAAGGAGGAUGGAGGUGUCUCUCCCGCUCUGGAGCGCCUCCUGCUGUCCGGUGAUCUGUACUGCAGGGUGUUUUCCUCACACGCUCUGUCCGGCGUCACAGCGCCACCUAGAGACCUGGGCUCUCUGCUGCAGCUCCUCAGCCGGUACGACCUGAUCCCGCUUCACACGGAGACGCAGAAGCCGGUCGAUGAGACGCAGCUGAGCCAGAAGCCCAUUAACAUGGCGGCACAUCUGGCCGUGAUUGAUUCGCUGAUGUCACUGAGCGCCAUGGAAACCGUGGGUCGGGUCAAGAUGGCGAAGGAGACGGAUCAGUUCGGGUGCAGCAGGAGCUGGGAGAACUCACUGCUCUUCUGGAUCAACAAGGUCAAUCAGAAGUUGCGAGAAAGUGCGAAUGUUGAGGAUAAUCUGAAGUCAAACCCCUGCACAGACCUGCAGCCGGCUCAGCCAUCGUGCCCGCAGCGCUGGUACUGGAAGCUGGUCCCACAUGCCAUCGCAUUUUGUUUGAAGGAGUCGGGGAAUAAGCCUCCUGUGAUCCGUUACAGGAAAGAUAAGGUUCAGUCUAAACAGACUCCGGUGUUUGUGGUGGUUUCUGGAGUGAAGGAUCUGUCUAAUGGCUGCGCUAUUGCUGCUGCCAUUCACUUCUACUGUCCUCAGAUUCUGCCCCUGGAGGAUGUGUGUUUGAAGGACACCAUGUCCGUGGCAGACAGUGUGUACAAUCUCCAGCUGAUCAGAGAGUUUUGUGAAAGUCACCUAAAGAGCUGCUGCCCCCUUCAGCUGGAGGAUUUACUGUAUGCCCCGCCCACUUUACAGAUGAACAUUAUGUGCUUCCUUUCGGAGCUGUUUGCUACAUUUGAAGUCCAGAAACCAGACUUCAUCAAACCCAAACACACAUUGGACCUAACAGAUGCUUCAGAUCUGGUCGACUGCACGAGUCCGAUCAGUGGCAACAGUAACAGUGGAACUCCAUCUUUCCUUCUGAAGCAGUCGCUCCUGCCUCAGUCCUCUUCUGUGUCUGAAGGACGGGGCUGGAGCAAAAAGCAGAUCAGCCGUCCUCUCUCCGCUGUGGCCUUCAACAUUCCAUUCCCAUUGGACAGUGAUGUUGAUGUUGUUAUGGGCAAUCCUCUCUUUCGUUCCGUCAGCACGGACAGCCUCAGUAUGGUAACCAACCCCGGCACUUACACACCCCCAGAGGAUCUGAGUAAACUCAAUGGUCAAGCUCCUCUAGGAGAGUUACCUACCAUAGAGGAAGCAUUACAAAUUAUUCAUACUGCCCGUCCAGUACACAACGAGCCCCGGCUGCGGCCAGAGGGAGCACCGUCUGGGUUUUAUCUCCACUCCCCUGAGGUGGGUGAAGCCAGACUGAGCAGCUCUGCCCCCUGCUGGUCAGGGAUGAUGUAUCGACCAAUUGGAGGAAGGCCUGAUAGCAGUGGGAACUGCAAACAACAACAUGUUGGUUCACAAGAAAUCCAUGGAGGUUUAGAGUGUGACACACCUGAAGACUCUCCCAAAACAUCCUGCAGCCCAGCCAAUGGACCCAAGUAUGGUCGCAUGACAAACUUUGCUGAACGCAGGAAGAAGAUGCCAGAAUCCCCAAGUAAUUCCAGGUCCCUGGAAGUGGAGUCCUUGUUGAGCCCUGCAGGGAUGAGCCCCGUUGGGGCAUUGGAGGCACAGGAGCUGGGUGCACGUCUGGAGGAGAAACGUAGAGCAAUCGAAGCUCAAAAGAGGCGGAUAGAGGCCAUCUUUAGCAAACACAGGCAGAGUCUGGGCAAGACUGCCUUCCUUCAACUCCAGAAGAAACAGGGGGAAGAACAGGAAGAUGACGGACAGUCCCUCACUCUGGAUAAAAGACUGACACGAAUGGAGCAGCAGCUCCAACAAGAGGAGGACAGAGAGAAAGAGGAGGAAAAAAGGAAAAAGGAGGAGGAGAAGAAAGAAAAUGAUGGAGAAGAGAAGAAGAUGGAGAAUGCUGGUGAUGUAGUAGCUCUACCUAAACUGGAGAAACAGGUUACCUUCUCUGUUGAAACGAAGACAGAGGAGGGGAAAGAGCCACCAUUGGUGGAAUAUAAUGAGGCAGUAGCCAAGCUAACCUCCACCCUACAGUCCCUACAAAUGGACAUGCAGCGCCUUACAGAACAGCAGCAAAGUCUCAUGGGAAAGAAAACUCUGAGUUCUCUGAAAAACACCCCCUCAAAUAAGAUACUUACCUCCAGCAAGGCCUGGGUCAUCCCGGCUGGUUCCAAAUCCCCUGCUACAUCCCCUCAUCUUUCUAGAGACUCCACCUGUAUUAUUUCACCCUCUGGAUCUCCAUCACGCUCCGGACAGCUUUCUGACACACCCAGAUCCCCUAAAACUUCAGCAGCAUCUGUUCCACGGAAAUCCCGUGGUGCUGCUCCCAAAAGCCCCAAACGGCAGCGUCCCUCCCGGCCUACAGACCUCGGUUUCCAGCCUCUCACACGUGUCCUUACGCCCCCACAGAACGUGGACACGCUUCCCCAUCUGCGCCGAGUCUCUCCGAGCCAAUGUCAGGUGCAGACCUGCUCCUCGCUGCGACUCGGUGGUCCAUACAUGCCCCAGGACUCUCCACAGCAACCUGCUCUGCCUCAAGAGAGCACCUCAGAGUCUGGCUCCAGCGAAAAUCACACCCCAAUCUUCAACCUGGAGCUGGAGGCUGGACCUCGAUCUGCACUCCCAGCUGAACUGUUAGGAGGUGGGAGCAGCUCAGGAGCCCCGUCAGAAUGCUCAUUUGAAAGUGACAUGCUGCUUAGCAGCGCACUGGUGAAAGAUGAGACAGAGGGUGCGGGGACGGUGGGAGAUGACACAGAUCUGGAACAGGGUGCAGAAAUAUUCUCUUCAGAUUCUAUGAGCGACCAGACAGAGAACGAGAGCAAGAUGGGACUCGAUGUGUUCUUUAAGGAGGAGGGUCUCUCGGAGGAUGAGAUGGCCCAGAAAAGGGCUCUGCUGUUGGAGCGGCAGCAAAGACGAGCUCAAGAGAUCAAGAAACGUGCAAGACAUGGGCAAGACCAUGAGAACAGUCAGCAGGCUUCCCUGGAUGACUUGCAACCUUCUCAAACUCAGCUGCUUUCACAGUCACUGCCGACCUCAUACACCCCACCCCCUCUGUCACAAGCCACACCCCCAGGAACGCCCCUGCGACGAGGAGCAUUCACCAGGGCAGAGUAUGAAAGGCGUCAGCAGCUGAAGAUAAUGGCUGAUCUAGAGAAAGUCCUCAAACAGAAACCAGCAAAGCACAGUGGCAAAAGACAACAUGCACACAAACUGCACAACAAACAUGAGCUUACUCACACACGCUCACCGGGGAAAAACAGAACAGUUGUCUCUAGCCAGAAACAUGGCGCAUCUCUACCAACUGAGAAGCCAUCAAGCUGUUCAGAGUCACCCUCAAAGGUGAUGUCAUCAGGGCAACUGGCCAAUCAGAAUGGGGAAAAAGACUGCGAACAUGCCUCCAACGCCUCCUCUCCAGCCUCACUCCCAGAAUACACAGGUCCUAAAUUAUUUAAGGAACCCAGUUUCAAAUCCAACAAGUUCAUCAUUCACAACGCGCUCUCCCGUUGCUGCCUUGCUGGCAAAGUCAAUGAAUCCCAGAAAAACAAGAUCAUAGAUGAGAUGGAGAAGAGCUCCGCCAGUCACUUCCUGAUUCUCCUGCGUGAUUCCAACUGUCAGUUCCGUGCUAUCUACACCAGAGACGGCCAGUCGGAGGAGCUGCAUCGACUCUGUGGCGUCGGCCCGCGUGCCAUUUCCUCCUCAGCCGUGGAGGCCAUUUAUAAAUACAGCUCUGACAGGAAACAAUUCAGUACGCUUCCGUCUCAUACCCUGAGCAUGAGCGUUGAUGCAUUCACUAUCCCUGCACAUCUCUGGCACACUAAGAAACAUGGUACUCCUAAAAAAGUAGCCACACCCAAAUAGACUCCGCCUACUCAAAAUAAACCACUCCUCCUGUGAUAAACUGCAUCCACUUACAUAAGCCACUCCUACUGGAAUAAACCCCUCCCAUAGCCACACCCAAAUAGACCCCACCCACUCAAAAGAAAUCAUUCCUACUAAGAUAAGCCCCUCCUACCCAUACAAGUAACCCCGCCCACUCAAAAGAACCACACAUUCCAAGGUAAAUACGCUCUCUGGAAUAACCAAUUAUAAACCCUCCUGCCCUACUCGAAUAAAUCCACUAUAUGUGCCAUUCCUCUAGAUAAAUAUCUUACCAGCACACACCACAAACUCUCUCUCUAAUCAAACAAAUCGAGUUUAUGAUCAACCAGAAGGGUCUUCUCAUGUUUUCUGACUCUGCAUGAAGACAGACGAGUCCUGAGGUUUUCACGCUACUAAAGACUGAGGGACCCACACGUCCUGUUUGCAUGUGAAUGCUCCAAAUAUCUCUCAGUGGUCACACCAACUGAGCACUUGAAGCAUUUCUCUGAUUCUUAUGAUCUGUAUUCUCUACCCUGCUAAAUACAAACUUCUGAAUCUCAGUCUAACGGUACUGUAGUUUUAGUGAGAAUCACAGCUGGCUUUCACUAUCUAGUCUCCGUUUGGCUUGAUGAUUUUAGGAGAUCUCCUGGCGUGAACACUUAUUCUAUUUUAUAAUAUUUCAUCAGCCUUUCCGUUCUUCAUGAAUGUGUGUGGAGUAAACGAUCCUCGCUUUCCUCCUGAUGGAUCUCCAGCGGUCCAAAGACUGUGAGGCAUCAUGUUUUCACAUGUGUGAGCAGAUGUCUGGACUCUGUUGAACAGAGUUUGUCAGCUCAAUAUGGAUCAUUGCGUCACGAUCCUGAUAUCCUGAUCAGUAUUAAAAAGCCAUUGAAUCUCCAUCAUGAGCAUCAGUGUUGGUGGCUCAUGUGCUGUGUGUGUGUAGACAUUCCCUUCAUGUGUGUGUGUGUGUGUGUUAGUGUGUGUGUUUCAGGACUGAUGGAUGGAUGAGGAUGAAAAUCAUCAUAAUACUGUUUAUGGUAAAACUAUAAGGAUCAUAUAUGAAGGCUUCAUGGCUUUACCGUCUGAAAUCAUCACCACAGCACUGUUACUGUUGCAGUGGCAGGUUGUUCUGUUCUGA